AGCAGAUAUCUCUGUUGUUGAAUGCAAUGACAUCAUCAGUAAGUAGUGUGUCAACAUGCACUGCAUGAGACCGACCAUUUUGCCUGCUGUCUCGGAAUGUCACACACACACACACACAGCACAUGGCGCGCACCUCGGCGGCCCCCCUUGAGGGGGCGCAGCGAAGCAAAGAGCAAGCCGCAAACUGUCCCAGCCAGUGCAAAAAAGACGACGAGGCAAACGCCCACGCGCUUGCCCAAUUCACCCCCACCCCCACCUACCCUUCCUCAAUCUCACCUCACCCACCGCGCGGGCUGUGAAUCUAUGUGUGUGCCUAUGCUACAGAGCCCUCCCUCUCUCUCCAUCCACACACACAUGUGUGACGGCGUGGUUGAUUGAGUGGCUGGGUCGGGUGAGUCAGAAGUGCGAUAGGUGGUGGCCUGAGCCCGAGAAGAGGUCGAAGUUGCCCUGUGGGAGGAUGGCCUUGGGGUCGCCGGUGGAGGUCUUGCCCACCAUGCCGGGGAUCUUGCCCUCCCGCUUCAACUCCUCGAAGUGCUCGUUGUACGUCUGAACGAUCAAACGAUCAAACCACCAAACCACCAGACAGACAGACACACCAACAAACAGGGGAAACAAGGCAGGCGACACGUGGUCGAUAUAUGGGGUGGGGUGUCGCCUUGCAACUGACCCUGACACCGCCUGGGAUUGCCUUGAGCCACGGCUCUUCGUCCGUCUCGUCCUGCACUCACACGUACGUCAACACACACAAUACAAUAGAAUCCGACGCCUUGGAGGGGGUGGCUGGGUGGGUGUGAAGUGAGCGGCGUGGGAAUGUCCGUGUGCGUACGUCGUCGUCGGGUAUGGCGAUGGGUCUGUUGGGCGAGACGCCGGUGGGCGCGGGUGAGUUCUUCUUGGGCUUGACCGGCUUGCCGUCCAAGCGGACCCCCGUACCACCAAACAACACCUGACACACACACACCAACGACACGCACAGAGAGUCUUCGCUCUCUGUCUGUCUGUCCGUCCGUCUGUCUCUCUGUUGGUGUGCAGGGCUGCUUACAUCCUCCUUUUUGGCGGGCGGCGCCUCCCCGCCACCAUUCGACCCAGCUGCACACCCCACACCACCCACACACAGCCAGAAGGACGUCAGAGAGCUUGCAUUGGGUUGGAUAGAUGAGCAAGACCAUCAAACCCAACGUGGAAAAAGUGUGUGUGUCACCCAUCCAUCGCGCGGACCGAAUGGGUCGAGUGAGGGCACGGGCGACGGGGUGGGGGGAGGAGAGGGCUCCUGCAGACAUGAUGGGACGGACAGGGGACAGGCCAGCCUGUGCGUGUGCGUGCGUCAUUCACUGUAAGUCUCAUUGUGUGGUGUGGGUGUGUGACCAUCUCUCUCCUUCCCUCCCACUGAGUGGGUCUCACUCUCACUCACCACAUAGUCCUUGGGCGGGGCGAAGUCGACCUCCACGUCCGUCUCGAUGAUCGAGAUCGAGUUCGACGGACGGCAUUCCUGACACGAUACACGUGAGCGUCGGUAUGGUAUGUGUGUGGCCGGCCGUUUGUGUGGCGGGCGCUUCAUUGACUGACCACAAUCUCUAUUUCGUAUUUCUUCUGGUUGUAGUGGAUGACGAUGUUGUCGCCAACCGUCAAGGUCGCGUACAGACGCAGCGACGCCUCCAACCUGACACACAACACACAAGACAAACAAAUGACAUACACAGAUUAGAUGACACACAUCACAUCACAUGCAUCCCAUUCCUCUCUCUCUCUGUGUGUCUUCAUGUGUGUGGCCACGUGUGUGUGUUGCUCUGCUCACACGGCCUUUGGGUUUGAGAUGUCCAGGAACUCCUUUGAGACGGGCUGCAGCUUGACAUACCUGCCCUUGGGCAGGGUCGUGUUGGUCACACGCACUAUGUCGCCCUCCUUCAACAGCAGGUUCUGCAUCAUCUGCACACGCACACACACGCAUCCGCCAUACACACACACGCCCUGCCGUUGGUGCACCAAUUGCACUGUGUUGUGUUGUGUUGUGUAGCUACCCAGUAGGGCAUGUAGCAGGUCCCCUCCUCGGCCGAGAACUCCUGCACGCCGCCACACGUGUGACGACCCUACACCGCACCAAGCAAAGCAAUGCAACGCAAACCAGCCAGUCAGUCAGUCAGUCAUCACACCCACCCACAGCUCGUCGCAAUGAGUUGAGUGGCCUGCUGUGCGUGUCCUGUGUCCUCCUCCUGACUGACCUUCUCAGCAUUGUGCAGCUCGAACAGCAUCGGCCAAGUGAUGUUCAAACGGGCUGAGUGAGGAACGAUUACAACAACACACACACACACACACCCCUCCACGACAAACCAAUGUGUGUGGGUUAUGCCUCAACCCCUCCCUACCAAGAUGGUCCAGCGCCGAAGGAGGCAGCAGGACUGCACCACACACACACACACACGCCCGCACCAAUACGCCAGUGCAUUCCAUUCUAGGCGUCCACACAUCCUGACGAUAUGCUGUAGGUGUAGCUCAGCUGGAUGUCUGCGUCUGUCUGUGUGUGUGUUGGUUAAAGUACUGACUUUUGUUGCCCUUUUCGAGAUCCUCUUUGCUGGCGAACGUGACAGGGAAGCACGUGUAGUGCUCGUCGAACCGGCUGGCCACCGGUCCGUUGUGGAAGAACCCCUGGGCCGCCUGGGCGGCCAGACGUCCAAGACCCAGCUGCAGUUCGGACCACACAGGGAGGGAGUGAGCGCGUGACGAAACCACCAGCCAUGGAGUGACAUGUGUGGCUGAGUGCCUACCAUUGCUUCUGACGAACUCCAAUCUGCAGCGAAAACACCGACACGCUCCCAAGAGG